AUGAGUCAACUAAACACCGAUGCUAUCAUCACUCUCGUUAGUGCGAUUCCUGCUCUCUUUGUUGCAUCUUUAAGUGCCUGGCUCGCCUACUUGGCACUGCGUCGCCGAAACAUCUCUCGCAAUGACAUUGAAACCUCAAUAAUUGGGUCCAUUCUUUCACAGACAGUGAAUACCCCCCCGAGUCUUCAAUCACAAUCCCCAAUAUCGCAAACUUCAAGCAACUUCUCAACACCAAGCGAAAACCUACCCCAACUCCCGCCUAUAGUCCUCCUAAGUGAUUUUAAUUGGGAGCAAAGACGAACUCGGCCUUUAUCGUCCACCACCAUGGCAGACCGAGACCAAUCCACCAAUGUAGGUGAACCUAACGAAUCAAUCCAUGUCAUGCUCAUUGUUAUGCAUGCUAACCUUGUUUCUUAG